CCUAGAAGAAUAUAAAUGCAUUUUAAUGGAAAUCCGGCACAUGGAAGUCGUGGUCGCGACCGCCAGCAACCCGAAGCUUCCGCGAAGCUGGAGGUAGACGAAACCAUGGAAGAUGCAAUGAACCGCUCCUUAUAUAACAACUCCCUGCAACCCCUGCCCACCCUCUCCAUGAUUCGAGUUCACAUCGCUUGCUUCUCUCAUCCUCUCCCUCGAUCUUCUUCAUCGCAUACACCACCUCGCGCGCACACAAUGGGAACGCACCCGCAACAGCAGUGCCCCGACCUCGCCGUCCUCCAGAGAAUUCGCAGCCAUCUCCUCGACGAGGAUCUGCUCACUGCCGCCGGCGCCACGAUGAUCGACUUCCAUUAUCCGACACUGGAUGCUAAUGGCGAUGGCAGCGAGGAGCCGAUCACUGCCGCCGGCACCACGAUGAUUGACUUCCGUUAUCCGACAUCGGAUGCUAAUGGAGACGGCAGCGAGGAGCUGUUCCCCGUCGCCGCCGAGGAUGCAUCGCCGCUGCCUAUGCCGCCGCCACCGGCCCCAUUUCCAGCUCGAGAAAGGGGGAGGAAUUAUCGGGGGGUGAGGCAGCGGCCAUGGGGGAAGUUCGCGGCGGAGAUCAGAGACCCCGGGAGGAAUGGGGCAAGGGUCUGGCUGGGGACGUUUAGUACGGCGGAGGAGGCGGCGCUCGCCUACGACCGCGCGGCGUUCCGCAUCCGCGGCUCUCGUGCGUUGCUCAACUUCCCGCUCCUGAUCGGCUCGCAGGGGACGCCUCCUCCGUCUUCAACCUUGCCGCCACUGUCGGGAAAUAAGAGGAGGAAGAGAGUGGCGGCGCUUGCUUCGUCUGCCGGUACUGCUGAACCAGAGCGAUUAGUGAGAGCAUGAAUUCCAAGUAAUAACUUGUCACAAAAUACUUCUUUCCAUUGCAAUUAAUGUUCAGAUGUCCGAUGCUUAUCAUCAUCUUGUCAAACACAAAAGUGCACUCAAUUCUAUGCCACAGUGUGCCACCAUUGAUGAGAAGAGCAAACGCAUUGAGUUAUUUUCUUAUGACUAUGAGAAAUCUCAAAUAUUAUAACUCU